AUGAGUGAAAAUUCUUAUUUUCGUCAAUUGUGCAGUAGUACUUCUGCAUAUUAUUCAUUUGAUGCUUUAUAUACACAUAUAAAUUUGGUUCAUGGUAAUGAUCGAUCAUUCAAACUCAGAUGUGAAUUAACCCCAUUGUGUGGUUCUAUAUAUACAACAUUUGCAAGCUAUAAAUGUCAUAUUUAUAGACAUCAUAGAGAUCUUAUAUCAAAAUCCCUUGAUAAAGUAAACGAAUUGUCUUGUCCUGAUGGUAGUUUAAAUAAUGAUUAUGGAUUAGAACCUCAAACCAUUAAUAAUCAGAAAGAUUAUAGCUUCGAGUUAAUGAAUGAAUAUGACGAAGAAACAGAACUUGACCAUCCACUUUUUACGGAAACGACUUUAAAACAUGAUGAAGAACCAUUUUAUAUGAAAAAAUUUCAGAAAUAUUAUACACGUUUUCUUUUGGAAUUACGUGAACAACAUUUACUUUCGCAAAACAUCAUCUCCUCAAUUACGUCCAAUAUUUCAGUUUUAUUCAAUAUUGUGCUGAAUAUUAUAAAAAGAACAGGAAAUGAUGCAAAUACAACAGCGACAGCCGUCAUACCAAUAGUAAAAGUAGAAGAAACUAUUAAUCAAACAAUCCGGAUGAUAGAAAAUACAGCCAGCAAUGAAUAUAAAUUCCUUAAAAGUUGUAAAGAAUUUUUUAAAUAUGAAGAACCAUAUGAGUUAGAGUUUGAUAAAUCGGGAAAGUGCGGUUAUAUUAUUCCGAUAAAGAAAUCAAUUCAAAACUUUUUGAAUAAACCACAGGUUAUCGAUUUAUUGAUUAAAAAUACAAAUGAAACAAUAUUAGCAUCAAAAAAUGAUAAAGACUUACUAUUAACAUAUCGUGAUGGAACGGCUGCAGCUGCUAAUCAAUCACUUCAAAAAGAUAGAACUUCAUUCUUAUUGCAGCUGUAUAGUGAUGAAGUUAGCGUUACAAAUCCUAUAGGACCAAAAAAAGAUGAACAAAAAUUAUCAUUAUUUUAUUAUAUCCUCGAUGAUUUAUCUCAAAUUAUUCGUUCAUUGUUAAAUUCCAUUGGGUUAAUUGGUAUUUGUUUAUCGAAAUUUUUAACUAAUCCAUCACAUCGUCACAAAUUUUUUGAAACGAUGGUUAAUGAUUUAAACGAAUUACAAACGAAAGGUUUAACAUUAUCCUGCUUUACAGGACGUUUAUAUUUUGCAUUCGAUUUAAUGGCUGCAGAUAACCUCGCGGCAAAUGAUUUUGGAGGUUUUCAGAAAAAUUUUAACAAUGGUUAUUUCUGUCUUGAUGAUGGUGAUAAUGAAGGACAACUACUAUUUAUUGAUGAAAAUAUAAAAACUUGUGAUUCUAUUCCAUUUGUUGAAGAAGUCGUUAUAGAAAAUGCUGAAGCUUCAUUAUCUAAGUCGAGUAGUACUCAUUCUGAGGACGAAGAACAUGAUGAUCGAUUAAUAGAGAACGAAAUACAACUCCAAGAAGAUUAUGAAUUGCCACAAUUCCCAACUGAUUUAAAAUUAGUCGUUGACCAGAAGAAUUUCACAAAAUUAGCAGCUCAUACUUAUUUUAGACGAGUGUUGUUGAAUUUAGUCUAUGAUGAUAUUGCACAUAAGCAUAAUUUGUUGUAUCCAAAAGCACAAGAUUAUCUGAUUAUAACUAAAGCUGUAUUACGUUCAUUAAAUAUUCCAAUAGAUGAUAAAAAUGCUUUGAAUGAAUAUCGAGAAUCUAUCAAACAGAAAUUCAAAAAUGAACGAAAGCCAUUACAAAAGAUCAAUGCACAAGUUCAACGAAAUAAAAAUAAGUUUGGUAAAGGUCCUGGAAGACCAGUAAAAAAAACUGAUUUAGUUUCAGCUGAAAGAAAGACUGAAAAAAUAAUAUUUAUUGGUCGAUCAGAUGAUGAACAAGAUAUGUUCAAGCUUAAUCAGAUGAUGAAAGAUGAAUUUAAUAAACAAUCACCUGAUAUGGAAGUGAUAACAUAUUAUUGGAGAAAGACAUUUACUUACCGACGGUUAUUUACACGUAAUAAUUCUACUAAAGAUGUUUUAUUGGAAUAUCCUAGUUAUUCAUUACCAUCAUUAAUAUUUGAAGAAGUACGAAUGACGACCGACAUAGAUGUUGAACAUAAUGUAGAAUUAUUUUUGCCUGCGUUAUUUGAAAAAGUACCGGAUAAUUCUAUGUUUAUAUCAGAUGUUUUACCGAUUCGGCUGAUAAAACUACUAUAUAAGAAUUUUAAAGAUCCUGUUGUUCAUGUUUUAACUGAAAAAGAUCCAACAGAACCAACUCCUUGUAUUAAAAUGUGCGACAAUAAAUAUGAAUUAUAUCUCGAUUAUCAACUGAUUGGACAAACAACGUCUGCUCAACAAGCAGUAUCGUUUUUACUUUGCUUAUAUAAUAUUUUCGAAAUUAAAUUCACUCGUCAUUCUCGUGGCAUUCAUUUGUUAUAUGGAGUUGUUUUUCAAGAUCAAAAUGAACUUAAAAAUAAAUCAAUUGCUCAUCAACAUCAAAUGACAACGACGACAAUGAAAAAUAUCAGUGUGAUUCAAAAUACAACUUCAGUUAAAAGAAAUGAAAAUGAUUCAAUGGUAAUUGAAGAAUCUGAGUUUAUUCAAGAUCAACAAACAAAUAAUGUUACACGAGAAACAACACUCACUUCUUCAUUUAACAAUACACAAAGAUUGAAUUUAUUAUUUUCAAAUUCUUCUUCAAUGUUUGUUACGUACUUUGCAUUGCCUUUUACUUUAGCUGCUAAAAAAAAUAUAAACGUAGUAUCAACCACGUCAGAACAUGAGUUUAUAUCAACUGGCAAACAAUGCACGAAUCUUAAUGUUGAUGAAAAUAUUUUUCAAACAAUUCAUACAAAUUGUUUUGAUACUGAACCAACACCCGGAUCACCUCAGCAAUCGAAAAAAAAAAGAAAACCACCAGCAAUUCAUGAAGAAACGACGCGAAUACCACCACGCCGUCAACGCAAGAGAUCCAAAUUAACAUAG